AUGUCUGAAAACCCAUCGACAUCGCGAGGAAAAUCCCUCCAAGUUCCCCCGCCAAAUAAAAAAAAGUCAACAGACGACGAGAUCACCGAGCUCCACCAAGAAUUCACAACGGACGACCACAUAAUCCCCCUGGACAAGCUCUGCGCAAAGCUAGGAACAGAUCCAGUGCUAGGUUUAACCCACGCCGAGGCAGCAAUACGUCUCGAGUCAUCAAGAAACUGCCUGAGUCCCCCCAAGCAAACCCCCGAGUACGUAAAACUCCUGAAAUGCAUGUUCGCAGGUUUCGCCUCGCUCCUAUGGAUAUGUGCAAUCCUCUGCUUCAUCCUCUACUUCAUCGGCCAAUUAAUGGGUCACGACGACGAAGAGGGAAUCGAAUGGUUCGGAGUAAUCAUCAUAAUAAUCUGCAUAAUCUCCGGACUAUUCGCAUUUAUCCAAGAGAGCAAGAACUCGAAAGUGAUGGAGUCAUUCACAAAAAUGGUGCCGACAUAUGCCCUUGUGAUUCGCGAAGGUGAAAAAAAAACAAUCCCAACCGAGGACAUUGCGAUAGGCGACAGAGUCGAGAUAAGACUGGGUGACAAGAUCCCAGCUGACCUGCGAAUAAUCAGAUGUGUAGGCUUGAGAGUGGAAAAUUCCAGUCUAACUGGUGAGAGCGAGCCGGUGGCAAGAAGUGAUUAUCCAACAGACAGAAAUCCCCUGGAGUCCCAGAACAUCGCAUUUUUCUCGUCAUACGCUGUCGCUGGUGAAGGCACUGGGAUAGUGAUAGCAACUGGGGACAAAACGAUGAUUGGAAGGCUUGCAGGCUUAACAACAAAAGUCACCAAGACAGAAACCCCAAUCUCAAAGGAGAUCAAUCACUUCGUCCACGUGAUAACAUGGAUCGCAGUCGUCUGUGGAUUCUCAUUCUUCGCGCUGUCGUUGCUGAUCGAAGCUAAUGUAGUGAAGGCCUUCACUUAUCUCCUAGGAAUAGUCAUCGCGAAUGUACCAGAGGUGCUUCUGGUGACAGUUACAACGAGUCUAACGCUGACAGCGAAAAAAAUGGCAAAUAAAAACUGUCUAGUGAGGAAUCUAGAGGCUGUCGAAACACUCGGAUCGACAUCAACUAUCUGCUCUGACAAGACAGGCACAUUAACCCAGAAUAAAAUGACAGUAUCGAACAUGUGGUUUGGAAACAUCAGACACAAUUUUCCAGCUGGCUUAUGGUCACUGGGAGCUGAGAGAGACUUAUUACUAGACAAACCAGCGUUCAAUGUCAUGAUUAAGGUAGCAACACUGUGCUUGCGUGCAGAAUUCCGAACAGAUUCCGAUGGAUUCACGAGAAUCGAGGAGAGAGAGGUGAUUGGCGAUGCGUCUGAGAGUGGAAUCCUCAAAUUUUGUGAGCACAUUCAUCAAACUAAGAGGUUUCGCCUGAGCUAUCCAAAGGUUGCUGAGAUUCCCUUCACCUCGACGAAUAAAUAUCAGAUAUCAAUACACCAGGAUGUGGACGGUUACACCAUGAUAAUGAAGGGUGCACCAGAAGUUAUAAUAGAUUUCUGCACAACGAUUCUAGCGAUGGACGGACACACGAGGGAAUUGACGAGUGUUGAUAUAGUUGAGUCACGUCGUGCCUGCACAGAACUCGCGUUUCUCGGUGAACGAGUGCUAGCAUAUUGUGAUUUGUUCCUGCCAGCGAGUAAAUACCCGACAAACUAUCAAUUUGACACUAGUUCUCCCAAGAACUACAACUUCCCGACGAAGGGGUACAGAUUCCUGGGUUUGAUAAGCUUGAUUGACCCACCGAGGCCUUCAGUGCCAGAGGCAGUGCACACAUGUCGUUCUGCUGGCAUCAAAGUGAUAAUGGUGACAGGAGAUCAUCCGGUGACGGCAAUGGCGAUUGCCAAAGCCGUUGGAAUCAUCGGAGAGGGACAGGGAGUGCAUUAUGAGCAAUCGAUGCUGAUGGAUAAAUCCUUCAGCCAGGCGACGGAUAGAGGAGGGCAGAAGGCAAUCGUUCUCACUGGAGGAGAGCUGAGGAACAUGCCUAAUCACCAGCUUGACGAGAUAAUCCGAAACUACGAGGAGAUUGUCUUUGCGAGAACUUCCCCGCAGCAGAAGCUUCUGAUUGUCGAGAGUUGCCAGAGACUCGGGGAAAUUGUUGCUGUGACUGGGGAUGGGGUGAACGAUUCACCUGCUUUGAGAAAAGCUGACAUUGGAGUGGCAAUGGGAAUAGCCGGAUCUGAUGUAGCUAAAAAUGCAGCUGACAUGGUGUUGAUGGACGAUAACUUUGCGUCUAUUGUCACUGGGAUUGAAGAGGGUCGACUUAUUUUUGAUAAUUUGAAGAAGUCGAUUGCUUAUACCUUGACGUCGAGUGUUCCGGAGAUGAUUCCAAUGUUGAGUAGUAUUGUUUUGUCCAUACCAUUGCCCUUUGUUAUUGAAUUAGUACUGUGUAUUGAUAUUGGGACGGAUCUGUUGCCAGCGAUCGCUUUGGCGUAUGAAAAACCGGAGUCGGAUAUUAUGAAAAGGGCGCCCAGAAAUCCUCAGUAUGAUAAAUUAGUGAAUAAACGAUUGAUUUCUGUUGCUUAUGGGCAGAUUGGGAUGUGUCAGGCGUUGGCAGGGUUUUUAAACUACUUUAUGAUUCUUGGAUUUCACGGAUUUUUACCACUUGAUUUAUUUGGUCUGAGACAAUCGUGGGAGAAUAGAGCCAUCACUGAUUUAGUUGAUUCUUAUGGGCAACAUUGGACUUAUCAAAGUCGGAUGGAUCUGUUGAAUGAAGCAAGAACUGGGUAUUUUAUAUCAAUUGUUACUACGCAAAUGAUUGAUCUCAUCAUGUGUAAGACGAGAAGAAAUUCGAUAUUUCAACAGGGAAUGAAUAACUGGUUUCUCAAUGUUUCAUUUGCCUUUGAAAUCAUUUUAACAGCUAUUUUGCUCUAUACACCGGGGACUGAGAAAGUCCUCAAAGCAAUGCCACUGGAUCCCUACUGGUUCCUGCCGUGUUUACCCUUGGGUCUUUUUUUAUGGACUUAUGAUGAAGUGAGAAGAUGGUGUGUACGAAAUUAUCCAGGAGGAGUUAUGGAGAGGGAGACGUAUUAUUAACCAAU